AUGGGAAGCCAUCCGUCAUCAGCAUUGGGAGUAUUCACAUUCGUUCUUCGCAAAUCCGGCACCGAGUGGACUGCGAAGCAGCACUCCGGAUACAUCGAGAACUCCGCCUCCUCCACCUAUGACCUUCAACGCAAGCUUGUCAAUGCCGUUCGUGCCGCUGAUUCCUCCGGCGCCGUUCAGUCCUCUUUCUCUUUCGUUUCUCCCUCCUCUGCUGUCUUCCAGGUGGUUGUGGGUGGUGCAGUCUUCGUUGGAGGUGGUACUGUUGCUGCUGCUCAUGCUGGUGGUGCUGUCGCAGAGAGUGCUGCCCCUGGUGCCGAGAAGAAAGAAGAGAAGGUCGCGGAAGAAGAAGAUGAAGAUUUUGGAAUGUUACUCUUUGAUUAA